UCACUCGCUCGCUCGCUCGGUUUUGAUGCUGGCGGGUGUCCGUCGGAUUUGCGCCUUCGAUCACCGAUGCCGAUGCCACUCUUCCCCCGGGUACAACCCACCAAACAAACCGACUAAAUGCGGGGAAAAUUCACUCGUGCGAGCAGCAACCCAAAACGGCAGGACGAUCGAAACCGAACCGAAACCAGGCGGCGAUGAAAAAUCGGACGAAAUUAUCAAUCUUCCGCUCGCGUUCUCUUCAGUCUUGUAGUGGGUAUCCGGUCGUGCGCGUCGCCGUCGCCGCAUAUUUACCAUCCAAACCGUCGACCGUCGUGUGGUCGCGUGGAACGGAAAAUUCGUCAUUACGGAAAAUAUACACAAAUACACGCGCCGCGCGUGUGUGUUUUUCACGGAAAUAAAUAAAUAAAAAUUCGUUUCUGCACCGUUUCUGUUGAGCGAAAAGCAGAAAAGUUCCUUCUAUUUUCUAACGGUUGGAUUGAGUCCUAGAAAAAAAAAACAACAAACUCUGGCACACCUGGUAAUGAAAUAGCACAACCACAUUGCGUGCAUUAAAGCGAGAGUUUCGUGAUAAAAAAAGGAACCACUGUCAAAGGUACCGCAAAAGAAAAAGUGUCGCACCCUUCUGCCCCAGCACCCCUGCGUCUGUUGUUUUGUGUUUAAAACUUCCGGUGCAUUUUUCGUGCAAACGAUGGUCGUUUAGAACGACACAGUGCCGGUGUAAUUAAAGUGCAGCUUGCAAAACGUACACAUACACACACUGCUGGUCUCUGCUGGAACCAGUGCAACGGGGGGGUUUUGAGCAGUUGCAUAAACGCAGCUCGUUAGACGCUAAAGCAUAAGGUGGGUGCACUCCGGUCUCGUUUGUUGUGGUUAACCAGCAGAAAUUAAUCAAAGCUGUCUUUGCUGUGCUGAUCGUAAACCGUGAGUGCAAAUACAGGGUGGAAAAGCGUGCGCCGUUGGUGAGCGGGAAGUGAAUUUUCCCUACAAUUUAAAGGGGUUUUUUUUGUUCGUUUUCGCAAAAUCUAUUCACAUGCCCGGUGCUGUGUGCCAUUAGUAUGAGUUACGUGCGUGCGUGCGUGUGUGUGUUUGUAUGUGGAAAUAUAGCACAAAAGUUGCUUUUCUCAAAAUGCUAAUGUAAUCGGAUGAAAAAUGUUUCUAAACCACUGCCGUGUCGUCGAAUGUUUGAUAAGCUGGUUAAACGUGUGAUUGAAUUGCUUGUGUCGCGGGCUUGUAAACAACACACUCAACCCCCGGAUCGUAUCGGAUAAGCUAGUUUAGUGUUUGUUGUGUUUUUAUUUGAUGUUUCCCAUGCAUCGUGCGUGCUUUCACAUUAAAGGUGCACCACCAGCGUAACCGGUGCGUAAAGAAAUGUUUCGCGCAAGUGUUAUUUGUCGUUCGAAGCUUAUCUGAUACUCUAAAUCAUUCAUCCUCGUGUGUAGAAGCACCCACACCACUCAACACUACCGUGCAAUACAAGCAAGCCAGCAGCAACCACGCUGCCAAUAAGGAUCAUGACAGUGCGGAAAAAUAAUCUCCUUCUUCGUACGCCGUCCACCAGUCACCGUGCAUUCUCCACCAGUACGCGGAAAAAAGCGGAAUAAGAAACCGCGAUCGCGCGUUAUCUUUCCGCGGCCUGCUCUUGAGCAAGUGUGUCUCCCACAGCGCAAAAGGAAGAAGUCGGUCACUCAACAAGUGUUUCCGUUUGUGCAAAGCGUAAAGUGUUGUAUGCUGUACGUGCAGCAAAGUGUGCGUUACCGUAAGUGGCUGGUAAAAAGGGUGGUGCGCUAAUUAGAAAGAAAGGAGCGGAAAUAUAGCCAAAAAAGAAAAGAGAGGCAAAAAAUCGAUUCCUUUGCCUAUCCUUUGACGAAAAAGGGAAAAGUUUUAAGCCUUGUUUGAGGUGUGUUUUACGUGCGUGUAUGUGUCUCUGGUUGUAGUGAUACAAGUAUAAGUGUGUCGUUGAUCCGUUUCUAAGCUAACCCAGCAUUUUUUGGGAAAAUUUAUUAUUGUGUGUGACGCCAUUUCGCUCAAUUCCCCGCUGGUUCAUUCCCACUUCCGGUGCGCGUGUUAUUUCCUGCCCGUGUCGUUAGUGUUGCGGAAGGAAGCUCCUCCGCGGCAUCCCUUUCCGGCAGCAUCGUGAUAUCGCCACCAUUAGCCCGGGAGGCAUCCGCCGGUGUCCGGUUCGGUGUACCGUUAAUAUCCGCCACGAUGCUGAAUUCGCUCGAGGCGCUCGCGGGCAAGAUUUCGCCCGGUUCGGGUAAGAAUUCGCCCUCUACCCCGAAUGGUACGACCACUGGCGAGCUGAUCGACAGCAAUGGCAACAACAAGCUGCUCAGUGGUUACCAUCUCCGGACCAAGCUACCGUACCAGAAGCCCGGUCUCAGCAACAACAACAAUAACUGCAAUGUCGUCAACAAUACACCGGCCGCGGCUGGCAUCGUUCCGGGUGGUGGUGCCGGCGGCGGUGGUGUCCCGCUGCCAGUCGGGUUGCUUAGUCCGCAGGCAGUGGCCAUGCUCGGGGUCAGCAGUAUUGCCACCAGCAACACUAAUGGCAACAAUGGCAGCAGUAGCAACAGUAGUCUUAGCAACCUUAACGCCACCAACACCGCCGCCGUUGCCACCGCAAACAGCCAUCGAACCACGAACGGGACCAGCGACGCCAUGAUCGUGGACGAUGUGCAAAUGAUGGGCGUAUCGUCGAAAGAAAAUGCCAUCAUGAACAUGACCAACACCGCCAGCAGCAUCAAUGCGAACGUCACCAGCAUGAACCUCAGCCCCGGCAGCAACAACAAUAACAAUCAUACGCUGAACAACAACAAUCCUAAGGUGAUAAACAACAACACGGCGGUGGUCGUUGUCGGGUUGGACGGGUCCGGCAAGGUGUCACCGUGCCAGGACCAGGAGGAUGAGGUGGUAGGUGACCAGCCUGACCCGGACUACAUCAAGAUGUUUGUCGGGCAGGUGCCACGGUCGAUGGACGAACAGCAGCUAAAGGAGAUGUUCGAGGAGUUCGGACGCGUCCAUCAGAUCAACGUGCUGCGGGACAAAACAUCCGGCCAGAGCAAGGGGUGCUGUUUUGUGACUUUUUACACUCGUAAGGCAGCGCUCAAGGCGCAGGACGCGCUCCACAACAUCAAGACGCUUGUCGGGAUGCACCAUCCGAUCCAGAUGAAGCCGGCUGACAGCGAGAAUCGAAAUGAACGCAAGCUGUUCGUUGGUAUGCUUAGCAAAAAAUAUAACGAGAACGAUGUUCGACAGCUGUUCUCGGGCCACGGCACCAUCGAGGAGUGUACGGUACUGCGUGACCCGUCCGGGCAGAGUAAAGGCUGUGCUUUCGUAACAUUCGCAACCAAACAGGCCGCGAUCGGUGCAAUUAAGCAUCUACAUCAGAGCAAGACGAUGGAGGGCUGUUCGGCACCGCUGGUGGUAAAGUUUGCCGACACGCAGAAGGAAAAGGAUGCCAAACGGAUGCAACAGAUGCAUUCGAACCUGUGGAGUAUGACCGGCAUCAAUCAGCCGAUCACACAAUCGGUAACGCCCCUGACCGCAUCCGCCCAUCCGAACCCACCGCAACAGCAGACCCCGUUCCUGGCCGCCGAUGCGAUCUCCCCACCGCUAACGCUGCUACAGCAGCUGCAAGCCGUCGCGCAGCAGCAGCAUCUUCUGCAAGGACUUAGCGCCCAGACUGAUACGACCUCCGCCGCCGCCGCAAGCCUUCUCGCACCCAUCUCGUUGCAGAAUCUGGUAACGCUAGCCGGUAUAACGCAACCGUCGCUGCAAACUGCCGCCGCAGCAGCUGCACAGACACCGGCGACGGCCAUCAGCAAUGCAGCGACAUCGUUGUCCGGUCUGUUAGGGAAAACAGCAACGUCAGGGACUACCGGAGCAGAUACAGCCACCAGCCUGACUUCGUACGCCGCCUUACCGCAGUAUGGUGCAGCAGCAGCCACUGCAGCAUUCACCCCGACGCCUUUAACCACGCCGACGCUAGCGCAAGCGGUGGCUGCCGCCGCAGGAAAGCAGAUUGAAGGACCGGAAGGUUGCAAUCUGUUCAUCUACCACCUGCCGCAGGAAUUCACCGACACCGAUCUGGCCUCAACGUUCAUGCCAUUCGGAAGCGUCGUAUCGGCCAAGGUAUUCAUCGACAAGCAGACGAACCUGUCGAAGUGCUUCGGUUUCGUGUCGUUCGACAAUGUGUCCUCGGCCCAAGCUGCCAUUCAGGCGAUGCACGGGUUCCAGAUCGGCACCAAGCGGCUGAAGGUACAGCUCAAACGCUCGAAGGAUGCCUCGAAACCGUACUAGGAUUUGGAGCAGCUGGCGACGACAGUGAAUGCACAGUUGCUCAAGUACUGUGCGGCUGCCGUCGCCACCGCCACCGCCACCAUCAUCGCAAGCGCAACAAUCAACCGCGGGGCCAUCAAUACGUCCAGCGGCAUCAAGCACACCAGCAACAGCAGUAGCAGCUUUGCCACUGCAAACAACCUCAAAUUUUCCACCAGCACCACCAACCGGGAUCAUACGUCGGGGGUCACAAGUAAGUCGUGAAAGAGAGCGAGAGAGGAGAAUAGUGACGACCCAGGCGGUCGCUACACAACAACCUCGAAUGUAGCCGCUAUAAUCGCUUGUGCGUUAUUGCAACAGUUCCGCUCGGAUCGACGAAAUGAUCCGUAAGUCGUUGCACUAAUAAACGCCACACAGUUAUGAUCAUCCUACGCAGAGACGCCACUAUUGUGCCCUAAUAGCAUACAACCAGCUGGACGCAAAAUCGAUAAGUUCUACAAUUAUAAGAGGAAUGUAUCAUAUAAGUUUCGAUUAUUUGUUUAAUGUUACGAAAUUAUGUCGGUUGAUCGAUGUACAGCUACGAAGCGGAAAAUGUUCAAUGUCCGAGCGACAGGGUUGUGUUAGUUUUUGAUGUAGGCACGGCACGGAAAGGUGUGCUAGAAGAGUGACUGCUUAGCGUAGGUACUAGGCCUUUAUUCUCAAACGAAGAAAGUUAUUGCGAGCUUGCGAUUUUGUAAGGCGGUUGUGGAAGUUUUGAACUGAUUUUCAUGUCAUACGGCCAUUUGUUUGCUCUACGUUUCUUUCUAUUCGCGUCACAUUACUCACUACUCACUGUUAUAUUUUACUUGUUU